AUGACUUUCCGCAAUACUCUUCUGGCGGCCGUCGCCAUUGUCUCUUCCGCUAGCGCCCAUAUUAUCAUGGAGUCUCCCGUCCCCUACAGCGUCGACACGAUCGACAAUGGACCCAUCAACGCCGCUCAGUUCCCUUGCAAAAACCAGCUCGGCUACAAAGUCAGCAAGGUGAACAAGAUGGCUGUUGGAGAGACCCAGACUCUCUCGUUCAAGGGCAGCGCCGUCCACAAUGGUGGUCUCUGCCAGCUGUCCGUUGCCUUGUCCCGAGAGCCUACCGCCAACACUCCGUUCAAGGUUAUCAAGACCAUUCAGGGUGGAUGCCCCGGCAUCAAUGGUGCUGAAAAAUUCUCUUUCCAGAUACCUAAAGAGAUUCCCAACGGCGACCACACCUUCGCAUGGACCUGGAUGCCGGUUUCCAGCGGUGGCCCCGAGUACUACAUGAACUGCGCCCCCAUCGAAGUCACUGGGGGAGCUGGCGAUGAGUCCGGCUUCAACCAACUUCCCGACAUGCUGGUCGCCAAUCUCCCUGGAAUCAACACCUGCACCCAGGUGGUGAACACCAUCCUCGAGCCACCAAAUCCAGGAGCGAACGUCGAAAAGGCGGACAACACUGGCCGUAAGAGUGCUCCCCCUACGGGCGAUUGCGGUCCUAAGAGCGGUGGUGGCUCUCCUCCCGUUCCGCUCCCGUCGUCCUCGACUACCGCCGUCUCUUCGCCUACCCAGACUUCUGUUCCCUCGAACCCCGGCGGCAUCUUCGCUCCCGGUGCUUCGAACGCUCCUCAGUCCACAACCACGACCCUGCCCCAACCCACUGGUACUCCCAACAACGGCUCCGCAAGCUGCCCCACUGAUGGAGCCAUCGUCUGCAACGGCGAGAGCCAGUUCGGCCUCUGCAACCAUGGCUCCGUCGUCUGGCAGGCCGUCGCUGCCGGCACCGCUUGCCGCAACGGCGUCAUCCAGAAGCGUGAAUACCGCGGCAGGAUCGUCCGCAGGGCUAUCUAA